GACGUGCUCAAAGCAGUUAAGUUUACAAUCCAAAAGUAGUCCAAAACGGGCUACCAAAAAAAAAACCCGGAAGGCAACAAUUAUUAAAACAUCCUGCAUACCAGGUAUUGAGGCAGUUGAUUUAGCAUUUUAGUUGUUACAAUGUCACGUUUGCGACGUUUACCAGUGAUCCUGCUGCUAUUUUGUGUCUGGGUUGCAGCCGUCAAGACUCAAGCCGACGACAGCGCCGUUGAGUUAGACCAGCAAAUGACUGACCUUCAGAAUUAUCUGGAAAGGAACGGUUACCUGAAUGUAAAUGGAACGGAUACGGACGGGAAUCUAACCCAGGCUAUUAUAGACCUGCAGACAAUGACGGGACUCGAACCAACCGGUCAAGUUGACGAUUUUCUCCUAGAUACGCUUCAUUCCCCGCGAUGCGGCAUGGCUGAUCUCGUACCGGAGGAGUACAGAGUACACAGUGUCAAGCACAGCAAGAACCAACUGACCUACUGGAUUGAACAAUUCCCGCCCUCUAUGGACCAGGAAUUGGUCAGGACAAUCAUACGAGAUGCUUUCCAGGUCUGGGCUGACGUCACGCCACUGUCGUUCUCGGAAGUCUUCGGUUCCCAGGCCGACAUUCGGAUCAUCUUCGGGGCACGGGAGCACGGGGACGGGGCGCCGUUUGACGGCCCGGGUGGGGUCCUGGCCCACGCCUAUCUACCCCUCCGUAGCGACGCCCAUUUCGACGCGGAGGAAAGAUGGACGGCGGGAACGUUUCAAGGGACGAACUUGUUCCAGGUCGCUGCCCACGAGUUCGGCCACAGCCUUGGUCUGUUCCAUUCAGAGGACCUAACGGCACUCAUGUAUCCCUACUACAGCGGGUACCAGACUGAAUUCCGACUGAGUGAGGACGACAAGGAAGGGAUCCGGAGUCUCUAUGGGAGAGAAGUCACGGUACCAGACGAUGACGACACAGAUGAUGAGAACGAUGAUAUCGUCACAACACCAGCGGAGGUGUCUACCCAACUACCGCCCACUACAGCAGGGACGCCUGGCCCGCCUUCGCCUCCCCCGCCCGCGGCAUGCCUGAGAAAUGGAACUUUCGACGCCGUGGUGAACACCAUAGACGGUCACAAAUACGGAUUUAUUGGUGCGUACGUCUGGUGCCUGGACGUCUUUCCGCGGACGUAUACGCUGAUAAACGAGGCGUGGGAGAACCUGCCUAACUAUGUGCACGCGGCGGUGACGCGGGGCAACAUUACAUACAUUCUCAAGGAUUGUUACGUGUGGAGUUACGAGAACCGGGCCUACCUUGGACGGAGGCGCAUCCGCGAGCAGUGGCCUGGGCUGCCUUGCAACGUCCAGGCCGGCUAUACGUCAGGCAGCGACGGCUUCACGUACUUCUUCAAAGGUAUUUUCGUCUACCGUUUUAGAGGGAGCGCCCUCAACAGCCGCCGCAGAAUCUGGACAUGGAACUGGCAAGGUCUGCCCGAUCGCAACCUCCGCGUCACCGCCGUCUGCCCCAACUUGAACAACGCUGGCGACGCGGUCAGCGUGUACAUGUUCACGGGCAACGUGUACUACCUUUUCGACGACUCCCUGAAACACUUUGUUUAUCCUCGCCAGUACCCGCGUGCGGUCAACAGGUUUAUUCUUGACGACUGUCCCAGUUCUUAGAUUAAUCAAUUAAUUAAUUAAGCUUUUCAUGAUGAAAAAAAGAGGACAUUAAAGAUGACCAAGUUUUGUGAUAAACUAAGUUUUGUAUCACAUAUCACCGUUCACAAAAUGCGUGCGAAUUUUGACCAGAAACCACAUGAAUGUGUUCGUUAAUUUAAAACUACUUUUUGUAGACUUUUUGCGUGUAAAUUUUUCAAAUCACUUUUUUUGUAAAAUGUGUAAAUACGUUAAAGAUGGGUGUGCGAAUAUGUUUAUACUAGCUCUCUGCUCAAAUACUCUUUGAUGUGGAUAUCAAGUUUGAAUUGUGUUUUCUUUUACUUGCCUUAUUUUAUUGUCACUUAGGUACACAUUGUAUAAUAGCCUGAAGUGUUAUUGGUUACAUUAAGUCGCAUUUUGUUCCUCUUUCGCGAGUUGUCCUUGUUCUUGGCAUAUUACCGGACGCAUGCGCACAGUGCCGGUGUCAUAUGAAAUUUUGACUCCUGUGUAAUCUGGUCCUUUUUUUUACCUUAUAUGGACUCCAACCCUCACACUUGACCUGUCACUCUCUAUUGACCUUCACUUAGACAUGCGCAAUCAACCAAUGAGUUCGAAUUUCUUAAAGUCUAAAUUUCACACCAUACCGCAACGGUGCUUUCGGCACAACGCCGGCAACGGCUAGCUCGGUGAAGUUCGUUGAAAAGACUGUUGUAAUUUUUUAUUAUUUAUAAUGUAUGUGUAAUUUAUGCGAAAUACUAGUGUUACUUAUGAUAAUAAAAGAAGGUUACUUUCAAUGCA